ACUGGCGCCGCGACGGAGAGACGAUUUUCCCCUUUCGGCUGCGUUCCCUUUUUGCAGACGUUUGGAUGUUAUCACUGUUAUGGAAAACUGUGAAUUUUCCCACAACUUUCUUGACAAUUUAAUGUUAGUGCUUCGAUACCGCUAUUAAAGCGUACCGCUUUAAUUGCUCAUUUCCUGCUGCCUUCUGGUAACCCUCCACAAAAAUUACUCGUAACUGCGUGAACGAAAUUUGCCUUCUUUGUAGUUCCAGACUUUCAGUUAUUAAAAUCGUUGAAACUCAUGUGAAAAUGCAGUGAUUUGACAGAACGUGCGAUACACUUAUUUCGAUAUUUCACAUCGAGUUCCGAAAUGAUCGGGUUAUUAUCCAGAUUUUGUUAUGGACUUGGUUUUUUAACUUUUACUGUGCCGUGUGUUCAUCUUCUAUGAUAAAUUUUGAUUGGUUCAACUGGUUGAUCUACAGCGCCAGCACCAUACUGCAUAAACCGUGCUCUACUGGUGACGGAUUUCUGAAUUAUUUAUUUAAAUACCUGGCUGGUUUUUGUAUACAUCUAUCAGUUCGCGUCAUGGCCGAGUACCAAGAUAGCAGUUGGCAAUUAUAUGUAUUUUGGGCAUUACACAGUCUGAUUCUAGGAUGUUCGGCGCUCACCCAGGACUCGGUCUUCCCGCCCAUUCGCUGCUACAACUGCACCAAGACGACGGCCAGGAGCGACUGCGACAGAUCCCCCGCCAACCUCAACCAGAUCUCCACCCUGCCGCCCUACAAAUUCCAGGGCCUCACCGCCUGGUCCAACUUUGACCGCGACGACGGCGAUUCCCUGAAGGGGAUGAUCCUGCCGCAGCAGCCCUGGUGUUUCUCCUAUAUCCAGCAGAUCCGCCCCAAGAACGGCUUUUACAUUAGCUACUUUGGCCGCGAUGCCGGGUACCCGGGCGGCACGGCUCCACCCUGCUACGAGGAGACCUCCACGGACCAGGACGGGAACACGGUUAUUAUCCGCUAUAUGUUCUGCGCCUCGGAUCUGUGCAAUACCAUCACCAUGGACGAGCUGUCCAAGCAGUGCUGGACUAAUGGCAGUCUGACGCGGGCGCUGGAUGUUGCAUCCGCAGCGACCAGACCAGCUAUCUUUUCGGCGCGAGUUAUUCCCGGAUUUGUGGCGUCUCUCCUGCUGGCACGGGAUGCUCGUUCAACGUCUAGCGUGAUGCGUUUGUUGACGAUGAUCUUUGCUACGUUUGCACUCGUUCCCAGCGCCCACGCCCUGAAAUGCUACCGCUGCAAGGAUAUGAUGAGUACGGACAGCACGAACGUUCUCCUCACCCAGAACUGUUACACAUCCCCGUUGCUGCUGGGUCCGGCGCAGAUGCAGGAGUGCCGGUACGACUAUUACCCGCGCAGCAGAGUGAAGAUCUUCAUGCAACAGAAACCCUACUGUGCCACAUGGAUCACGGAUUACCGCUUAGCGGGGCAGACCAACUACAGCUACUUUCUCGGCCGCGGUUGUGUGUAUCCCGGCGGACAGCCGGAUGACUGUCUGCGCGUCAACGGCUCGCUGAAUGCCGAUCCCACGCUGAAUCAAUCAGCGUUGGAACGAUACAUCACCAUUCAGUACUGUGAUCAGGAUUUCUGUAAUAAAGAUCCAUUUGAAAGCCUGGUUAGCAAGUGCUUCCAGAAUAAUUACGUUGGCGGUACGACACCGCCCAUUCCCGUGACGCGCGAUUUUACGGAUAAGAACGCCACAAUCGUCACCACACCCGCGACACCACGGGAUACGUCGAAAGCAUGGGUGGGAGAUUUCAUAAUCCAGGCCCAGAUUAUAUUCACCCGGGUACGCGCCGGCAACUUCACCGAUUACGAGUUGAGUCAGAAGCCCAAUAACACGGCUGCGCAUAUGGUGCACCUGCCGGUGGGGAUCCGUCUGGCUGGACCAGUGCUGGCAGCAGCGGCACUGUACCUGUAAAAUCUGGCUGGAAAGGGGAGAUGCCGCUUUUUCUUUUGGCACACAGCGUGAAAGUGUGUGUUGUAGCGUGUACACUCCACGUUCGUUAAUAUUUGCGGGAAGGGUUCGCUUAAAACGGUUCAAGGCGCUGCGGUGUAUCUGCUGGUUUGGGAAUCGGGGUGCAGUAAUUAAUGGCCUUCAGUUAAUGAGGAUCAAGUUUCUGUGUAUUUGUACUGUGUACAUUAUAAUCGCGGGCUUGUUGUCAACCGGAAGUUGUGACAUUGUGAAUUGAGCUAUCAUACUGGGUUUGUUGUGAAAUGUCAAGGUGGUCUACAGCGUUUACUGAGUCCAGUGCAGCAUUGGUUACAAUGAAGAAGUCAGA